ACGCUUAACGCUCCCCGUAAGAGUGUUCCAAUUUGACUCGAAGUUACACAAAUAGCAGCAGUGCCGCGCGGUGUAGGUAGAGUCUGCUUCACCGCCGAUCAAUUACCCAAGACGUCCAAGACCGCCCAAGACAUAGGCGACAUCUACGAUAAGAGUCACGGUCACUUCUAGGUUACAUGUUGACGGUCAGUGCUAAGGAGACAUACUUAAAGCUAUUAAAUUUGGGUUGGUUGAUUUUGUGAAAUAUCAAUAAAAUACACAAUACAUCUUUGCAGACUUAAAUGUAAUGAAGAGGUUACAGUAAAACAGUAGUAAUGCACUGUGUCAGGUCCGAACAAGUUUUUUUUUUUUUCGUUCUCUUGUUUGCGGCAAUGGAUUUGUGCAGCAACUGAAUUGAGAUCAAUUGAGUCCUUUAUUUCAAUACCACUCGAAUCUGAUGGUUUGAAUUUGUUGGAUCAAUAGUGAACUAAGACAGCAGUGUACAAAAUCCUGUCAAGACCAAAUAUUACCUCCUGAAUCCUCCUAACAAAUUCGCAGUCAUGAGUGUGCCUGCAGAUAAUAGUUUAAUAUCAGCAAUCCUCCCAGAAGUGUGUUAUCCCAGUGUUGAUGCAACAGCAGGACUUGCCCCAUCACCAGUCAGUGAAUUUCUGGCAGAUGAGGAAGCAGCAUCAACCUGCCCGCUUCUCACUCCAUCACCACCUACAGAGUUUGAACAUCCCCUCUCCAUAACUCCAACUACUGGUAUGGCUUAUGAGAGACAAAUCAGUCCCACAAGUAUUGAUGAGCUGUCAACACUGAACUGUAAUGCUGCACUUGGUUUUGUUGGACUGACAGCCACUGACAUGCCUCCUAAUGAGCACAGAAGUCACAACAGUCAAGAGGGGCAGCAAGAAUUCAAUCCAACCAGAAGUGUUCAGAGUGUGAUGGAAUCAUCAUCCUCGAGCAGCUCUGUCAUGCAAGAGCCCACUGUGUGCGCACAGUUGCUCAGCUCGCAUCACUAUCAGCACCUAACAAAAGCCAGUGAUGUAGAUCCAUUUUCAUGUCAGGAAAAUGGAGGUAAACCUCCUCUAACAGGACUGCAGCUUGCAGUUCGUAAAUCACCAGAUGAUUUCUGCUUCAUGGAUUGGAAGUGGCCACUCAUUCGUAAAUUCAGCUUCUGGAGUGUUGUUUCUCUGCUAGUGGCAUGUGUGUGCAUUGUUAUUACAUUAAUAGCUAACCUUCCAACAAAGUGCAACCCACAUCAUGAUUGGUGGCAAGGAACUCUGUUUUAUGAAGUAUUCCCUGCAUCUUUCAAGGAUGAUAAUUCAGAUGGAACUGGUGAUCUUCGAGGUCUUGGAAAACAAACAUUUUAUUUGAAAUCCUUGGGAGUUCAAGUUGUGCGACUGAACUCUAUAUUUCAAGCAGAACAUUAUCCUGAGAAUUAUGAUCAGGUUCAGAAUUUAACAGAAAUUUCUCCUGUUCUUGGAAACAUGAAAGACUUCAAUUUUGUUGUUAACAUGUUACAUAGACAGAAUAUUUCUGUCGUGCUCGAUCUUCCCUUAAGCCCAUUCAUAAAACAACUGCCCAUAAGUGAGAAGGAGACAGAAGAGCAAAUAGAUGCUGCUGAGAAAAACAGUCAGUUUGUUUUCAUGGAUUCACCCACUGAAAAUGAAACAGAGAGUCAGUUAAAUGUAGAAGCAUCAAAUAGAGUAAAGAGUAUGGAGGCACACAGUGAUAAUAUGGUAACUUAUGCCAUAAACUAUUGGUUAAAGAAUGGAGUAGAUGGGAUAUACUUAAAAGGUUUGGAGUAUUUAGUAUAUGAGCCCGAAUUUGAAUCAUUGAUACGAGAAUGGAGAAAGGUUACCAGAAGUUUUAACAAAGGCUUAGAUCAUGAGAAAAUGCUCAUGUGUAGCAUGGAUGUUCUAAAUGCUCUAGAUCCUGAGGAUGAUUCUAGAAAAGUUGAAGCUGUUCUAAAUAAUAUGGAUCUCAUUGAUGUUAGAUUGGAUAUUGUGAGCAAUGGGACUCAGGGCUUGAAGAUUCAGGUGGAUAAGGUGGUUAAAGGAGGACAGUUCAGCAAACCAGGCUAUCCAUGGAUUCAUUGGAGUAUGGGUAGCAUUGACACUAAACGACUGUCAUCACAGUUACCCAUAGCAAAUGCUAGUCUAGCUGCAGUUUUGUUUGAAAUGAUGCUUCCUGGCACACCAUCAAUUUUCUAUGGAGAUGAAAUAGGCCUUGAAGAGCUCAAGGAUCCAGAGCGAGAGAGAGAAGACAUAGGUCACAAUCAUCACUUGCCACCAAUGCAUUGGUCAGCACAGUAUCCAGGCUUUGGUUUCACUCAGCCAGGUAUUUUGUCUUGGCUUCCGUUCUCCCAUGCCUGGUCAAAUGUUGCAGCUGGGCACCUAACCAUUGUGCAGACAGUUUCCAAACUCCGAGAAGAUUCACCAUCCAUUUACAUGAAUGGAAUUUAUAAGGAUAAUGUAAAAUUACCAAACUAUGAAAUCAGGACUGUGGGAAGGGACAUCAUGAUUGUCGAACGUUUCUAUCCUCGCCGCAAUUCUUAUCUAAUUAUGAUUAACUUUGGCAGCCAAACGCAAAUAAAGGAUCUGUCUUCUAUUUAUUAUGGAGGUGAAGUUAUAGCUGAUCAGCGUGGAAGAGUUGGACACUAUUUAACGUUCCAUGCUCUGACAUUAUUCCCUGGAGAGGUCAUAAUUAUAAAACUAGACAAAUAGGAUUAGUUCUGAUUGUUUUCACUGUUCAUAUUUCAUAAUGUUUGGUGCUAUCAGUGUCACUCAAUUAAAUUCCACGCUGAACAGAUGGAUAUUUUAAAACACAUCAUCUACUGCUGUUUCUUAAUUGCUGUGUAUUAUUUAUGGCAAUAAAACUUACAUACUCGUAUCUAUUCA